UGGCAGCAAUUUAAAACAAGAAAUAAACAAUUCUGGCAUUUCUGACCAGGAAGGCUUUAAAGUAAAACCUCAACAAUCAACCAAUGAAACAGCCAUGACCAACGAAAAGACGGCACUUCAAUUCUUCUGCUCUGUUCUCCUCAUAAUUUCCACCUCCGCAGACACCAUAACUUCCGGUCGGCCACUCAGAGACGGCGAAACCGUGGUGUCAGCCGCCGGGAUUUACGAGUUGGGAUUUUUCAGCGGCGGAGACUCGGCGAGUCGUUACGUUGGGAUUUGGUACAAGAAGAUAUCCUUCCGAACGGUUGUUUGGGUUGCCAACAGAAAUGCCCCCUUAAACGACACUUCGGGUGUGUUGAUGAUUAAUGAGAAGGGGAAUUUGGUGAUUGUCGGCGGCACUAAUCGCACGGUUUGGUCGUCCAAUUCUUCAAGAAUCUUGGAGAAUCCGGUGGCGUGGCUUUCCGACGGAGGGAAUCUUGUGAUCAAGGAUGAAAAGGGGAAUUUUGCGUGGCAGAGCUUUGAUUAUCCCGGAAAUACUCUGUUGCCGGGGAUGAAGCUCGGGAAGAACCUAGUCAACGGCCUGGAUUGGUCCAUCUCAUCGUGGAAAACCGCCGACGAUCCAUCUCCGGGGGAUUAUCGUGCCAGCCUGGACAUUAAUGGAUACCCACAGCUCUUCGUGAAUAAAGGCUCUGUUUUACAAUACAGCUCCGGCCCCUGGGACGGCAUGGCGUUCACCGGAAGCCCAGUUUUGAAGCCGGACACCUACUUCACCUUCAAAUUAGUAAUCACAUCGGACGAGGUUUAUUACACGUACGAGGUUAAGAACACUUCGCUCCCGACCAGGGCGGUUAUAAUCCCGACCGGCGUGGUUCAGCAUCUCACCUGGAUCGAACGGACCCAGAUCUGGUCGGUCUACCUGACGGCGCAGUUAGACAACUGCGACCGUUACGGGCUGUGCGGGCCCUACGCCAGCUGCAGCAUCAAUAACUCCCCGCCGUGUGAUUGCCUGAGAGGGUUUCAGCCCAAGUUUCCGGCGCAGUGGAACGGCGCGGAUUGGACGAGCGGAUGUGAGCGGCGGACCCCCCUGGCAUGUGGUGGUGAUAAUAAAGACGGAUUCCGGGAGUUUUCCGGGAUUAAAAUGCCCGAUUCUCGACAUUCCUGGUACGACAAAAACAUUGACCUUAAGGAAUGCAAGAAGAGGUGCCUGGAGAAUUGUUCUUGCACUGCUUAUUCCAAUCUUGAUGCCAGUGAUGGAAGUGGGUGCUUGCUAUAUUUUAGUGAUCUUAUGGAUUUGAGGGAGCUAACCCAAAAUGAACAGACUUUGUAUGUCAGAGUCGCUGCAUCUGAACUAGAUGCAGAUAGAAACCAAAAGAAAAAGAGAUUGAUGCGGAUUAUAAUCGGGCCAACUGUCAUAGGGACAUUACUCAUCGGUCUUUUCUGCUGGUGUGCAGCCAAGAGAAGAACAAAAAGAGGUUUAGUUAAUGAUAAAGACAUGGAGUUGCCAUUGUUUGAUUUGGCCACUGUUUCUUCUGCCACUAAGAACUUCUCCGCAAAAAACAUGAUUGGAGAGGGCGGAUUUGGGCCGGUUUACAAGGGUAAGUUGGCAUCUGGACAAGAGAUAGCAGUGAAGAGGCUUUCAAAACAUUCUGUGCAAGGUGUUGAAGAGUUAAAGACAGAAGUCAAUCUGAUUUCCAAACUACAACAUAGGAACCUUGUCAAGCUUUUAGGUUGCUGCAUUGAAGGGGAAGAGGGGAUUUUAGUCUAUGAAUUCAUGCCCAAUAAUAGUUUGGAUCAUUUCAUUUUUGAUCCAAGCAGAAAAGCACAACUUGGAUGGCAAAAACGCUUUGAAAUCGUAAUGGGGAUAUCUCGUGGCCUUCUUUACCUUCACCAAGACUCGAGACUAAGAAUCAUUCACAGGGAUCUUAAAGGCAGCAACGUUUUACUCGACAACAACUUUCUCCCUAAGAUUUCUGACUUUGGUCUUGCCAGAAUAGUCGGCUUAGACCAAAACGAAGGAAAAACAAAACGUGUAGUCGGAACAUAUGGGUAUAUGUCUCCAGAGUAUGCCAUAGACGGGGAAUUCUCAGUUAAAUCAGACGUUUUCAGUCUAGGUGUGCUGAUACUAGAACUAGUCAGUGGAAGGAAAAACAGGACAUUUCGUAAUUCGGAUCAUCUUCAUAAUCUGUUGGGACAUGCAUGGAUAUUGUGGAAAGAAGGCAGGGCCAUGGAAAUAAUGGACCAAAGCCUAGAAGAAGAGUCAUGUGUUAAAUCUCAAGUUCUGAGAUGCAUUCAAGUAGGGCUAUUGUGUGUUCAGAAACUCCCUGGAGACCGGCCAAACAUGGCCUCUGUAGUGUUCAUGCUGGGCAACGAGGAUGUUCAUUUGGCUGAACCGAGAGAACCGGGUUUUUUUGUGGAAAGAGGUUCAACUGAAUCUGGAAGAGUCGCUGAAAAUGCAGAGACGCUAACAAUAUUGGAAGCUAGAUAUAUAGAUGAUCAACUAUUUAGGGGACGUUGGUAAAUAGCUGAUAGCUGAUUUGGUUAGUGG